AUGUCUUCGUCAGCACCCCAGCCGGUGUCUUCGUCGGCAGAGCCACGAGACCCGGUAUCCAACCUCACCGAGGCCGCCCAGAAUGUCGACCUCAACGCACAACCAGAGCAGAAGCAGAAGCAACAAAAGCAGCAACAGCAGCAGCAGCAGCAGCCAAAGGGCGAGAAGAAGCCAAAAGCCAAGAAGGACGCUGCCGAUGGCGCAUCCAAGGCCCCUCUCGAGUUCUCUCCCAAGCCCGCCUACUUCGACCACCGCAUCGCCAUGUUCGAGAAGCUCAAGGCAGAGCAGGAUGCCGAGUUCGCAGCAAAGCCUCGUCAACCCAUCACUGUCACCAUGCCCGACGGAUCCACGCGCCAGGGCACCUCGUACGAGACCUCACCCCUGGACAUUGCUAAGGAGAUCUCCAAGUCGUUGUCGGAGCGAAUCGUCAUCUCCAAGGUGGACGAGACUCUUUGGGAUCUCGAGCGUCCAUUGGAGGGCGACUGCAAGCUCGAGCUGUUCGACUUCGAAUCACCCGAGGGCAAGCGCGUCUUCUGGCACUCGUCGGCACACGUCCUUGGCGAGGCCUGUGAGAAGCACUACGGCUGCCACUUGUGCAUCGGCCCUCCCACCGAAGACGGCUUCUUCUACGAGAUGGCCAUGGGCGACUCGGGCGACCGCAUGAUCACCCAGACCGACUUCUCUGCGCUCGAGACCCUCGUCAAAAAUGCCACCAAGGAGAAGCAAAAGUUCGAGCGUCUCGUCGUCUCCAAGCAGCAGCUCCUCGAGAUGUUCAACUACAACAAGUACAAGCAGCACAUCAUCCAGUCCAAGAUCCCCGACGGCACCUCCACCACCGUCUACCGUUGCGGUCCUAUGAUCGAUCUCUGCGUUGGUCCUCAUAUACCCCACACCGGCCGCAUCAAGGCCAUGACCGUCCUCAAGAACUCGGCGUCCUACUUCCUCGGCGACCAGAACAACGACUCGCUCCAGCGUCUCUAUGGUAUCUCGUUCCCGGACGCAAAGCAAAUGUCCGAGUACAAGCAAUUCCUUCUUGAGGCUGCAAAGCGCGACCACCGCAAGAUCGGCAAGGAGCAGGAGCUCUUCAUGUUCCACGAGCUGUCGCCCGGUUCGUGCUUCUGGUUGCCCCACGGCGCGCGCAUCUACAACACGCUGCAGGAGUUCAUCAAGUCUGAGUACCGUCAGCGUGGCUUCGACGAGGUUAUCACUCCCAACAUGUACAACUCGAAGCUCUGGCAGACCUCGGGUCACUGGCAGAACUACAAGGAUGACAUGUUCGCCCUCGGCGUCGACAAGGAGCAGUUCGCCCUCAAGCCUAUGAACUGCCCGGGUCACUGUCUCAUGUUUGCCGCGCGCGACCGAUCGUACAAGGAGCUUCCGCUUCGACUGGCCGACUUUGGUGUGCUCCACCGAAAUGAGGCCUCGGGUGCGCUCAGUGGUCUCACGCGUGUCCGACGAUUUUGUCAGGACGACGCGCACAUCUUCUGCAUGUCGAGCCAGAUCGAGCAGGAGAUGGCCAACUGCUUUGACUUCCUGCAGCGCGUCUACAGCCUGUUCGGCUUCGACUUCAAGCUGAAACUCUCCACGCGACCGGAGAAGUUCCUUGGCGAGAUCGAAACCUGGAAUGCGGCCGAAGCGCGACUCGCCGCGGCGCUGGACAAGUUCGUGCCCGGCAAGUGGGAGCUCAACGCCGGCGACGGAGCGUUCUACGGCCCCAAGAUCGAUAUUACCAUCUCGGAUGCCAUGCGCCGUCAGUUCCAGUGUGCCACCAUUCAACUCGACUUCCAGCUGCCGCAGCAGUUCAAGCUCGAGUACCGCACCGCCGUGUCCCAAGGCGGUGAGACGCAAGCCGAGCGACCUGUCAUGAUCCACCGUGCGAUCGUCGGCUCGCUCGAGCGCUUCACGGCCAUCCUCACGGAGCACUUUGCCGGCAAGUGGCCGUUCUGGCUCAGCCCGCGUCAGGUCCUCGUCGUUCCCGUCACCAACACCGUCUUCGAUUACGCCAAGUCCGUUCAGCAGAGGCUGUGGGAUGAAGGGUUCUAUGCGGACGUGGAUCUGACCGACAACACGCUGCCCAAGAAGGUGAGGAACGGCGAGAUCAACCAGUACAACUUUGUGUUUGUGGUGGGUCACGAGGAGAUGGAGACCAAGAGUGUCAAUAUCAGAAACAGAGACGAUGCGAACCAGAAGGGUAAGGCGGAGACGAUGGAUCUCGAGAAGACGGUUGAGGCGCUUAGGAGAUUGAAGGGCGAGAAACGGCUGGAGAACAGGUUGGUGUAG